AUGUCGGCUCUCUCUCACCACGCGGGCCUCGACGCCCCCGUCACACUCAAGGUCUUCUACGAUGGGGCUACUCGCCGGGCCAAGAUGCCUCUCCGCGAAAUGGUCCCCAGAAUCCUUGAGAAGCAUCUGCGAACGUUUCUACAAAUCCCUGAAGACUCGAAAAUCAUGAUCGAACGGUAUUCCGACUCUGCCGCCGCCUACGUGCUGCUUGAUUCCGCCAACGUGUCUGUCUACAAGCAGCUGUACCGAGCUGCCAAGGCCAAGUCGAAGCUCAAGCUUCGCGUCAGUGUCAUCGGCAAGGAAGAUAAGGCGGCGCCCGUGUCCGCUCCGACUGAGUCGCCGACGCCCAUGGUCACUACCCCGCCCAAGGACACGCCCAAGGGCUCAUACCAGCCUCGGAGGUGGAACGAGGAGUUCCAGAGCCGCAUGAAGGACAUAAAACAAACUACUGAUGAUCUGGCGGACCUGGCCUGUCAACUGGAGUGGCAGCUUCCGGCCCCCACUGCCGAUAAACUCCCCAGCAAGCCCGAUGACGUCGUUGCAAGCAAGUCGUCGGCUGCUGCCAAGGGCAGUGAAACCGUCUUCUCAAAGCCUGCAUCGCCUUGCGCUGCCAAGGGCAAAGAUGCUGCCUCUUCGAACAAGCCUCCUGCAUUGUCUUGCCCUUCAACGGGUUGCAGCUUUGCCGUGUGUUGCAACCACUGCGAAAUGACCAUUCCGAAUGCCCACUAUCAUUGCUCGACGUGCGACGACGGCGACUUUGACUUGUGCCAGUCUUGCGUCGACCUAGGCUUCACAUGCUACAGCAACGAUCACUGGCUUAUCAAGCGGACGAUGAAGAACGGCCAGCUCGUUAACAGCACCACCGAGAUCAUUGCGCCCAAGUCCAAGCCAAAGGCCCAGGACAAGAAGGAGGACAAGAAGGAGGACCAGAAGGAGGUCAAGCAGACGGUUGCCAUCUCUCGCGACUAUGCCUCAGAUGUCUUUGGCAAGCCACUGAUCUCUCGCACCACUGUCGAACUGGCAAGCACCCGUUGGUCUUGUCUCAGCAACAUGCGGACCUGCAACUGCUGUGUCCAAGAACUCCCCGAGCGCGAAUUCCUCCACUGUAGGACGUGCGAGGACUACGAUCUUUGCCAGGUUUGCUUCGCCAACGAUGCGCACGGCCAUCACCCCAAGCACGGGUUCGUCCCGGCCGUCCCGGGGGCUCAAAUGCCCGACCACGUCAAGGCAAAGAUGAGGCCUGGCCGCAGUCAGAUGCAUCACGCUAUAUGCGAUGGGUGCGAUAAGUACAUCACGGGUGUGCGUCACAAGUGCCUUGAUUGCCCUGACUGGGAUUACUGUUCGGAGUGCGUUACCAACGCCCACUCCGUGCACCCGAACCACCGGUUUGCACCCAUCUAUGAACCCCUCGGGAACACCCAGGUAUGGCCCGCGGCACAGCCCAUCCACAUUGGCAUCUGCUGCGAUGGACUUCUUUGCUCCGCCUCUCAGGCCUACCCGUCGUAUAUUCGCGGCGUUCGUUACAAGUGCGCCGUGUGCCACGACCUCGACUUUUGCGCCAACUGUGAGGCACAUCCUGGCAAUAACCACAACAGGACUCAUCCCCUCAUCAAGUUCAAGACUCCUGUCCGCCACGUGAGCGUCACCACCACCGAAACGGCGAGCCCUUCGGAGAAGAACACCAUCAACGCCGUGCAGACUGUUUUGGAUAUGAAGCCUCAGGAGCCCAUAUCCCACGAAUCUGCGACUGCCGCUCCCGAGAAGUCGUCCGAGGAAGACCUGCGAGCCGUGUUUGUUCGCGACUCGGUCCAAGACGGGACCAUUCUGCCGCCGAACCAAGUCUUUGAGCAGACGUGGAUUCUUCGCAACGAGGGCAGCGCCGCGUGGCCUGCCGGGUGCUCAGUCAAGUUUGUCGGUGGAGACUAUAUGGGCCAUGUCGACUCGGCCCAUCCCGCGGGCAUCUCGGAGCUUGUGUCCGCCUCCGAGUCCACCGUUUGCUACGCGCCACUUGCUCCUGGCCAGGAGUUUUCAUUUACCGUCCUCCUUCGCACGCCCACCCGCCCCGGCAGGAUCAUCUCUUACUGGCGCCUGACGACGCAGGACGGACUCAAAUUUGGCCAUCGCCUUUGGUGCGAGGUCAAUGUUCGCCCCGUGCCCAGUGAGAUCAAGCCCAAGCCUGAUGUGCUUCACGUCGAGGAUGUCAAGAAGGAGCAGGAGAGCAGCUCGGGGUCCAGCAGCACCAUGAUCUUCCCGAAGCUCCAGAAGGAAUCUCCCAGUGCUAGCAUCCACGAGGAAGUCCAGAUCGAGGCGGAAGCACCGGCGUCGACCGGCAAAGUUGAUGCUGAGGAUGGCUUUGAGGACUGCGGAGACGACGACGACGAGUGGGAUGCCUCGGAAACGGGAUUCAUGACCGACGAGGAGUACGACAUCCUGGAUGCGUCGGACGAGGAGUUCCUGGAGCAGCAGCAGCAGAGGCCUGCGAAGAAGUGA